AUGGUCAACACUCUUGCUAAGUACCACGUGUUCUCAACAUUUGAUCUAAAGAGUGCAUACCAUCAACUACGCAUAAGCGAGUCUGAUAAACCCUUUACAGCAUUUGAAGCAAAUGGCAGACUGUAUCAAUUCACACAUCUUGAAAGGCUAAAACCACUGCAAGAACUUCCACCACCUACAAAGCGAUCGGCUCUUCAACGUGUACUUGGUAUGUUUGCUUAUUACGCUAAGUGGAUUCUGGAGUUUUCAGACAAGGCAUGGCCUCCCUACAAGGCUAAAUCUUUUCCUCUGGACCGUGAAGCGCUCACAGCUUUUGAUGACUUGAAGAAACUGCUUGGGGAAGCUGCCCUAAAUAGCAUUGACCAUGCCAUCCCAUUUGUUGUGGAGUGUGAUGCGUCGGAUGUGGCCGUGUCUGCUACUUUGAAUCAAGCUGGUCGGCCAGUAGCCUUCAUGUUUCGAAUGUUAUCUGGCAGUGGAGACAACGUUGUUCCUGACACUUUCACCCGAGUGUUCUGCGGAGCCAUCUCAUCGUCAAACCUCGCUGUCAUCCAUGAAGGGCUCUGCCACCCGGGGGUUGUCAAAAUGCUUCAUUUUGCCCGAACAAAGAACCUCCCAUUUUCUACAGAGGAUGUGAAAAAGGUCUGUUCAAAUUGUCGUGUAUGUGCUGAAAUCAAGCCAACAUUUCACAGGCCUACUGAAAAUACCCUUAUCAAAGCUACUCAACCAAUGGAUAGACUGAGCAUUAACUUCAAAGGUCCUCUUCCAUCACACAUGAGAAACUCAUAUCUCUUCAUUGCUGUGGAUGAAUAUUCCAGAUUUCCCUUUGCUAUUCCAUGUGCUGACAUGACAUCCUCAACUGUCAUCAGAUGUCUGGACACCAUCUUCUCGCUUUGUGGUAUGGCGAGUUUUGUCCACUCUGAUCGAGGAAGUGCAUUUAUGUCUCGUGAAGUGAAAACUCAUCUCGCUAGUCGUGGAGUGGCGUCCAGCAAAACUGCACCUUACCACUCAACAGGAAACAGUCAAAUAGAAGGGUACAAUGGCAUAAUCUGGAAGUCCAUAUGUUUAGCUGCCAAAUCUCGAGAUGUUCUGGAUACUGAAUGGGAGGCUCUCCUACCUGAAGCACUUCACUCCAUUAGAUCAUUGCUCUCAACAGCCAUCAACGUGACUCCACAUGAGAGGGUACAUUCCUGCCAAGGUCCUGUCUUCUUACGCCGAUUCGUCCGCUCAAGCAAAGGUGACCCUCUCGUUGAUGAGGUGGAGCUCCUCGAGGCUAACCCAACGUAUGCACACAUCAAGUAUCCAGAUGGACGUGAGUCUUCAGUUUCUCUCCGUGAUCUUGCUCCAUGCUCUAGUGGAACCUUAUUCUUAGACAUCUCUGCUGGAUCAACCUCACCUUCAGUGGAGCCAGAAACAUUGGAUAAUGGUGAGGAAGUUGCUGAAGAGGGAGAUACCGGGACGACAUUGCUGAAUCCUAGUAUCAUGCAGGAGUUACCUCUUCGUCGUUCUACUCGGCAGCGAAGAGAACCCCAGAGAUACGGCUAUAAUGUUUGA